UUCGUUUCUUCACUUGUCAAUUCUGUUGCUGUACACAAACAAUAUAAUAUGGGAGCGUCUAAUGAUAAACCCCUCAAAUGCCCGCUGUGUCUUGAAGACUGUCGGAAUCAGGUGACGCUGAGCUGCGAGCACACCUUCUGUCAGGGCUGUAUCGGUGAGUUAUGGAGCGGAUCUCCGACUGGACCUUUUUUCUGCCCCGAGUGCAAUUACGAGUUCAAGGAACAGCCAGACUUAACGGAUGGAGCCUCAACAUCAACAGGCAGACCCAGCGCAAGUUGGACACUUGGAAAGAAGCUGUCUGCCCGAUAUUCCACCAAGACAUUGCUUGGGAAGAGGAAGUCCAGUUCUGCGUUUCCCGGGAAGUACUGUGAUGGAUACAGACUGGGUUCAGCACCAUCUAGUUUCCUCCAUGUCACUGACUCUAAUAAUAUGACAUACAUUAUUGAUUCUGAUGAUGACACACCAGCACCACCUAAAAGAAAGCCCACAGCAGGUCAGCGCCCAUCUGGAAGCCAGUCUCCAUCCAUGGUUUGGAGGAAUAUUUCUACAUGUGAAACAUCAACACAACACACACCUCCAGAAACAACUUCAUCAUCUAAUGAAAUCACAUCUCCUCAUAUAGAAUCAUCAUCACCAGACAGGAACACAAGCUCAGAAAGGGAGGACCUGACUGUUGCUUCCUGUAGAAACACAGAGGCACUUAGAAAAAGCAACACACUUCAAGGAGAGAAAGAAUCAUCAACAGAGACACCAAUUACAAGAGACACCUCUUCUAAAGCGGACUUACCAAGAGUGAAUGUGACCACUUAUUCGGCUAGGCCGCAGGCACAAAUGAGUCCUUCUUAUAUUGAAGAGCCUUCAGUCUUUAGUGUCCCAGGUACAUCAACAGAGAGACUCUCCAGUAGCACCCAUGUGCCCUGCCACUACUGUCCUUCUUCAGACCAGAAGGUGGCAGUGAAGACCUGCCUAGUAUGUGGGGCAUCAAUGUGCUCUGAGCAUCUGCGUGCACAUCUGGAAAAGCCAGUGUUCCAGAACCAUUCACUUGUGAACCCUGUGGAGGAUGUGUCUCUCUGGAGAUGCCAGGAGCACCAGGAGAUGAACCGAAUUUACUGUCAAUCAUGUGGAGUGUGUGUGUGCACUGUGUGUUCCUUGGUUGGAUCACACAAGGGCCAUGAGUGCAUAAGCAUUCGCAAGGCAGAGCAGGAACUCAGAGGCUCACUGAAGGAUGAGAUGACAAAAAUACAAAAAACAGAAAAAUCCAUUGUGGAAAAAGCCUUUGUGCUCAGUGAGAAAAAACAUGGUGCCCAGACAGGUCUGGAGAAAGUGCGAGCAGCUGUGCUGCAGAAGUAUCAGGCCAUGCGGGAGGCUCUGGAGAACGAAGAGGCGCAGGCACUGCACUGUGUGGCUCAGGAAAAGGACAGAGUGCUAGGGAGCAUCGAGAGGCAGCUUGACACCUUGCAGGGUGCCCUGAUAUCUAGCCAGAGCGUAUUAAACACCCUACAAGGAAUGACCACUACACAAGGGCCAUCACAAUACCAGGACCAAGCCUUUAUCAUGGAAUACAGCAAGAUAGCAGCACAACUGAAUGGACUGUCUGAUACUGUGCAAAACCUCGAGCCUCCUCAGGAUGUAAACCAGGGCCGACUGGACUGUCUUCAAGCCUGGACUGAGCGGAGACUGGACACUGUCCUCAUAUCACUGCCUCACAGAGACCCGUUCAGAUUGCUAUAUGGGAUAAGCCCAACUCUGGAUCCUGAUACUGCCCAUCCAAAACUGCUACUGUCUGAUGAAAACAGGACGUUACAGUACACUGAGACCCAGCAGGAUUACACUGAGCAGGAGACUCGCUUCAACAUUUUCCCACAGGUUCUUGGCUCCCAUGCUCUAGAUAGGGGCUGCUGCUACUGGGAGGUGGGGGUUUCUCUUGAUGGGGGCCGCUGGAAGGUGGGCGUCAGUGAUGGACAAAUUGGCAGAAAGGGGCAAAAGGAUGCUUGUCGUAUUGGCUUCUACCCCAAUUCCUGGUGUCUAAUAUAUGAAAAGGGGAAAGUGGAAGCCCUGCAUGAUAAGAUGGCAUCACCUGUGUGCGCCACUGGACUCUGUAAGAUCGGGGUGCUGCUGGAUUUUAAUAAGGGCUGCUUGUCUUUUUAUAAUGUGGCAAAGGAUGGGGCUCUUUCUUUGCUGUACAGUUUUGAGCAUACGUUCUCUGUGCCACUGUAUUCGGCAAUGGCAGUUUCUAAAACUGAGCUCACCAUCUGUGAUGUAUUUACCAAGCCCACUACUGACUAGACUACGUUUGUGCUUUUAUGAAACACUAUAUUAUUAAGCAGCACAAAACACUUACAUUCCACAAAACUACAUCUAUCCAAUUGUGAUAAUUGCUGUAGCCAGUAGUGCAACAUGUCUACCAUUUUGGCCUGCUUGAAUUAUAAUCUUUUCUCAGAAUGCCUAAUGAAUGAUAUCUGCUGUUUUGGAAAGUUAGGGAAAUUAUCAUAUCUGAGACUUUUUAAACGUACAUUCCAUUUAUAUACUCUUUAUUUUUACAUAUUUAUGCCAUCUAUAAUGGUGUAACUUUCAUAAACAAUCUUGCUUGGCAUUUUGACUGCAUUUGUUACAAUCUCACUCUGUUAUAAUGGGUGUCUUUAUAUGUCUAAGAAAGCCCUUUGAUAUAUUCAUGUGUGCAACAGCGCCUUUUGACUACAUUUGUUAUAUUUUCUCCACUAAAAACAUUUUUUAUUCAUUUUUAUAAAAAAUAAUUAUUUUUAUAUUGAUUAAAAUAAAUAAUUGCACUGUAUUUCCAUGUACAACAAAAUAAUAUGGAGUGCAGGAUAAACAUUUGUCAGAAAUCCAUUAAAACAAUUUAUUUUAUUACUUGUGUCAAUUUUAACAGCACAUUUUAGUUUAGAUAUUUUGCAUCAAUAUAUUUUUUCAGUCUCUAAUGAAUGUAAUAAUAAACAUUGUUUUAAGAUAGUAAAAUUAUUGAUUCUAUCCUGUAUUCAGACUUAAAGGUGCACUUUUUGUUUAUUGUCAUCUUGGACUUACAUAGACAUCUAGUAGUGUGGAUGCAGCAUCAUUCAGAAUGUAGUUUUCAGUUACAGAUGCCAUUGUGUAAUUUCACUAUUCACAGUCUGCCAUGAUUAUUUUAAUCCAAGAGUGAAAGUGUCCAAUAACAAGACUGUUACUGAGAUUAAGUGAGUAGUAUUCAGCUGGUCAUGUGAUUGUAAAAUGGCAGCCCCCAUAAGGGUGCCCCUACCCCAUGUUGAAAUAAAACAGCUUUUAUAAGGUUGCUGAUAUGGCUUAUGAGAUUCCUCAUCUCAUGAGAGUGGUCAUGAUUUUAUUCAUAUGUUUCAAAUUAACAAUUAAUUUUUUUAGGAGUAAAACUUUUUAGUGCACCUUAAAUUUGGAUGUUUUUACCCAACCUAAAUCACCUACUACAUUUAAAAAUAUAUAUUUCUGCUACUGAAUCUAUGUCAUUCCUUAAAAUCUGCAAUGUUGAAUCAUUUAACUGGUUCAAGUUUUCAGUUGUUUGAGUGAAAUUUGUGAAGUCUGUGUACUAAAUAUUCCAUUGCAACUGCAGAUGGCAGAAUUGUUCAAAAUCAAAUGGAAAAUAUGCUUCUUUGGUAUCAAUUCAUCAUAUAGGAAAAUCAAACAAAGAGGUGUUGAACAGUGUACCAAAACAUAGGGAAUAAAUUCAGAUGUUUUCUUAUUUUAGAUGUGUUUUUUUUUUUUUUGUAUUCAUAGAUGU